AGGCAAGAGUUCAGAAAUGGGGGGCGUCGUUGCCAGCUCAGCCCUAGUAGUGUUGCUGUUAGGCGUGGCCCUGGUGGCGCCGGCGUCGGCUCAGCUGCCGGCAGACUGCCCCGACAGGUGCGGCAACAUAAGCGUUCCCUAUCCCUUCGGCAUCGGCGCCCGCUGCGCCCGCGACUUUGGCUUCGAGCUCGUGUGCAACCAUUCCUACAACCCUCCACGCCUCACCUUCUUCCCUCCGCUCCCCACACCUACUUCUAUCCUGGCCGGGCGCCGGCUGAAUCUGGCCAGCCUGUCCCUCGCCGACGGCGAGGCCAUCGCGCUCGUCAGCGCCUACCGCGAGUGCAACACCACGGCGGGUGUGGUCAUCAGCAACAACAGGAACCAGACGAUAUACCUGUCCCUCCUUGGCAGUACUACCUACCGCUUGUCGGCGGCGAGGAACCGCUUCGUCGCGCUCGGCUGCCCCAACCUCGGCUACCUCAGCGACGACAUGGGCUACUACGUCACCGGCUGCACGUCCGUCUGCAGGCCGUCGCAGUGGAACGUCGUCUCGCCGGGGGCGUGCACCGGCGUGGGGUGCUGCCAGAGCAGGAUCCCCCCCAAUGUCAGCUUCUACGAACCUUCCGUUCAAGGCUUUGACAAGGAAACAAGAAUCUUCAAUGAGAACACGACUGCUUGCCGGUACGCGUUCGUGGCGGAGGACAAGUGGAUCGAGACCACCUACAGUGGCCGCCCGGACUUCAACCGGAGCGACGACUUCGCCGUACCCGUCGUGCUUGACUGGGCCAUCCGGAACGUCGCCAACUGCGCCGUCGCCCAGCGCAACAUGACGGACUACAUGUGCCGGAGCGCCUACAGCGACUGCGUCAACUCCACCAACGGCGCCGGGUACCGGUGCAAAUGUUCCCAGGGCUACGAGGGCAACCCCUACCUUCACGAUGGAUGCAAUGAUAUUAUCGAGUGCGACCACUUAAACAAGUACCCGUGCUACGGAGUCUGCACAAAUGUGCAGGGAGGCUAUAGGUGUGAUUGCCCUCCUGGAUUCAGCGGAGAUGCCACGAAGAUCAAUGGUUGCCGUCCAAAUGACAAGUUCACGUUAGCCCUGAAAGUAGUCACAGGUAGGAAAUUUGAGAUACUAGCUACCUGCCCAUCUUGGCAACACCAAUGCACCUUUCUCCCUUUUAUGGUUCUCCGGUUAUUUCUGAUGAGUGACAUUGCAAUGCCAUGUUCAGGGGUCAGUGUUGGUGUGUUCCUGUCGGUGUUCAUGUGCUUUUGGCUGUACCUGGGGCUCCAGAAGAGGAAGCUCAUCAGAACAAAACAAAGAUUCUUCGAGCAGAAUGGAGGAGUGAUCCUCCAGCAGCAGAUUCGGCAUUCCGGCGGAGGUGCCGGCGGGUUCAGGAUAUUCUCCACGGAAGAGCUUGAGAAGGCCACCAACAACUUCGCCGCUGACCGUGUUCUCGGCCGCGGUGGUCACGGUGUCGUCUACAAGGGUGUCCUGGACGACAACAUGACGGUGGCCAUCAAGAAGUCGAAGAUGACAGAGGAAGCCCAGAUCAAGGAGUUUGCUAGAGAGAUGUUCAUCCUCUCCCAGAUCAAUCACAGGAACGUUGUCAAGCUUCUUGGCUGCUGCCUUGAAGUUCAAGUGCCCAUGUUGGUCUAUGAAUUUGUCUCAAACGGCACCCUCUACCACUACAUCCAUGGCAAGGAACCCAGAGUUGACAUAGCACUUGAUACCCGCCUUCGGAUAGCGGCGGAGUCGGCUGAGGCUCUCUCCUACAUGCACUCGUCUGCUUCACCGCCAAUCCUCCAUGGAGAUGUCAAGACAGCCAACAUCCUGCUUGAUGACAAGCUCAACGCCAAAGUUUCAGAUUUUGGGGCAUCAAAACUAGCACCAACUGAUGAGGCCGAGAUCGCAACGUUGGUGCAGGGAACUUGUGGGUACCUGGACCCUGAAUACCUAAUGACAUGCCAAUUAACCGAUAAGAGCGACGUCUAUAGUUUUGGUGUUGUUGUGCUGGAGCUUCUAACAAGGAAGAAGGCAUUGUACCUGGACGGGCCAGAGGAAGACAGGAGCCUAGUGUCAUGCUUCACCACAGCAGUGAAGGCUGGUCGUCAUCAAGAGCUUUUGGACAGCCAGGUAAGGGACGAGAUGAAUAACGAAAUGCUCACAGAGAUUGCACACCUUCUGAUGCGAUGCCUAAGCAUGAACGGGGAAGAACGGCCAACGAUGAAGGAGGUAGCAGAGAGGCUGGAGAUGCUGAGGAGAUACCAGCAGCACCCUUUGGCUGAAGCUGCAGGCAAUGCCGAGGAGAAUCAGAGCUUGCUCGGCAUGGAACAGCUGAAUUCAAAUUAUUACCAAUUCAGGCAGCACGAUGUUCUUGAUCUGGAAGAAGGAAGUACAUAUACGUUUAGCUCGUAGAUUAUAUUGGUUGUGUCACCUUCUGGCAAUCAGUAUAUACAGGUUUGUAACAAAAAAAAGCUGGUAGGGCCAGGCCGGUAUAAACCGGGCCUAGUAGAAAAUUUCAAAGUGGGGCCUACUAGGCUAGCAAAAUAGAAGACAUAACUUCGAUCUUGAAAUACGAGAUGUCAAAGGAUGAAGAGAACGUAAUUAAUAAUUAAACAACUAAACUUGGUAGAUAAGGGAAAAAUGCUAAAUUAAAAUUACCGCCGAUUGGCACCUAUCAUACCCACGUAGUGUAGACAAUUCUAUAAUAAAAGAUAGCUCAGUUCCCAUACCU